AUGAGUAACGAACGACUUACCUUUGUUACCGGAAAUCCAAAGAAGCUGGAAGAGGUGGUUGCAAUUCUCUCAGACGGGAGUCCCCAAGCUGUAGAUGGGGGCUCAAAGGUGGGGAAUUACAUUAUAAAAAACGAAAAGCUGGAUCUAGAUGAGAUUCAGGGAUCCAUUGAGGAAGUCACCAUCCAUAAAGCCAAGCAGGCAGCUAAACUACUAGGAGGUCCCGUUCUAGUAGAGGAUACUUGUUUGGGAUUCAAUGCUUUGAACAACCUCCCUGGACCCUAUAUCAAAUGGUUCCAUCAAAAGCUGGGGCUAGAUGGCUUAAACAAGCUUUUAUAUGGAUUUGAGGAUAAAUCAGCCAAUGCGAUUACAACAUUCGGUUACUGUGAGGGUCCUGAUGCAGAUGUCAAACUAUUCCAAGGUGUCACUACUGGUGAGAUUGUUCCCUCAAGGGGCCCUCAGGAUUUUGGCUUUGAUUCCAUUUUCGAGCCUCAUGGAAUGGGAAAAACAUAUGCUGAGCUACGAGGUCCUCAAAAAAACAAAAUAAGCCACAGAUCCAAAGCUCUGGCAAAGCUGAAAGAGUUUUUGCUUAGCCAGUAGGCUAGUGAUAUAAUCUCAGCAACAAGAAAACGAAUGAGCGGUUUUCAUUAAGCUUAAAUGAGUCAUUAUUUAAGAAGCAUGUGAGCGAUCAUAUUUUUAGCGAAAUAGCAAACAGAAAGCAUCAAGAUAGCAGUUAUCACGUAGUGGGCACUGUUCUUCAUUUGAUAGGUGACACUUGACUGAAGCUUGGCCAUGUUGUGUGCUUCAAUUUCUUUCACAAUUCUUCCUGUCAUUUCAAAAAUGUACUUUGACUCCUCGAUGAUUUCCCUUUUGACAUCCUCCGACAAGUUGUUUCUUGUUUGCAAUUCAUAAUCUCUUUUGUAGACAGCCCUCAAUUCCUCAGUAUCAGGAACAUCAAUUGUAAAAAAGUUUGUACCUUCUUUUAAAGCAUCGUCACGAGAUUUGCCUUUGACUUUUGGAAACAACCUGAGAGACUUCAUCACUUGUGAGUUCAAGAUUUUGACACCUGCAAACAAUGCCAAAUACAUCACGUGCAUGUACGCUAAAAGAAGAUAAGGUUUUUCUUUGGUGCUUUCAAGAAUGUAUCGCGCGUAUUCAAUUUGCAAGGGCAAGAUCGGGUUUUCAAACUUCUGUGGCUGUCCUUCAUAGAAGUACAUCAAAUCUUUACGAAGAGGCUCUGUUCUGCACAGAACGGGCUUGUAUAUAUCCUUGAUGAUCUGGGAAUAUUCAUGGUCUUUCUCCAUCUCACGCUCAAGAGCUAUCUCAAUGUGGCGGAAGAUAUGAUAAAAGGCCUGCAGCCCCUGCCUGUAGACCCUUUGGUUUCUCAACGCAAUAGCGAACUUCAUUGUCACGAAUGUGUCGAUCUGGUCAUGGAUUUGUUUCGUCUCAGCAUUGAUUCUGUUGCCCAGUGCCCCCAAGUCAUCUUUUGCUGGGAUAUUGAACUCUUUACGUUGUUGGGUUGACAAAGCA